AUGGGAUCUCGCCAAUUAAAGGCACUUAUUGUUGAUGAUGACAUGGUGAUUCGAAUGAUUCACCGCAAGAUGUUGAGCAGUGCUGGAGUGCAAAAUGAAGUUGUGGAAAAUGGCAAAGAAGCAGUGGACAUUCACCACUCAGGACAAAGUUUUGACCUAAUUCUCAUGGAUAGGGAUAUGCCCAUUAUGAAUGGCAUCGAGGCAACAAAGAAACUUCGAUCAAUGGGAGUUGAUAGCAUGAUUGCUGGUGUAUCUGCGCGCGCUGUGGAAGCACAAGUACGAGAAUUUAUGGAAGCAGGACUUGAUGAAUACCUAGAAAAACCUUUGACCCUCUCUAAGCUUACUUCGAUCAUUAACAAGACUAACGAAUCGCAUAACUGA